ACCUCGCAGGACUGACUCGCAGUGGCAAACAAAGGAAGUGUUAAUAGUAUAAAACGAGUUCCGCCGAUCCGGGGGGCACAGUUUCAAACCGAACCUAAGAUCAGUGAUACUUGUCCCUCUCGGUCGGAGUGAGAAGAGGUAUCGCUAACAUUUGAACCGAAAAUUGCACUUUUUCUGUUGAACAUUCUAAACCAGUGGUUACCAUUACUCGAAAUGGCUUCAAUCCUGCCAGCAGCAAUCACCGGUGGUGAUAGUGACCGUGUGCUCAAGUCCAUGGAUGCCAACCGGUAUGCCACGAAGAAGACGAUCGCUCAGGGCAUGCUGGAUAUUGCCCUGCUGACGGCCAACGCAUCGCAGCUCAAGUACAUCCUGCAGGUUGGCGAGAAGCACGAGUUCUACACCCUGAUGCUAGUGCUCAUCAGUAUUUCCAUCAUCCUUCAAGUCUCGGCAGCCCUGUUGGCCGUCAUACUAACACUGGUUAACUUUCACAAAGGUGAACUUCAGCAACGGGUGGCCAACAUCCUUAAUCACUUCUCGUUGGCCUUUGUGGUGGUAGCCCUCUUCUGUGACGUAAUCAAGAUGAACUUUGGACUGGAUCCAGCAGUUCCUUACAUUCACAACUAAAAGCACUGAUGUUUUAAUUCGUUCGCAUAUUUUCACGAUAAACAAACGCACAGAUUGCUCAAGGUGUUGCCUGUAUUAUCCUGGCCAAUUUCGACAUCAACAAAGAAAAGAACCACAGGUUGGCUAAUCUGGUCCAGAACCUUUCACUCGGUAUGAACCUGUCGACCGUCGUGGUCAAUAUCAUGAUCAACAGCCUGGAGGUGAAACAGAUGAACGAUCAAGGAGUUGGGCUUUCGGACGGUUUGAGCAUCAAAAAUGAGUAAGGUUGAGGCCGUCCACGAACUACGUACUGCACCAGAACAGUGAAGCUGGUUGGUGGUGGCCGAUUUGAGUUACGACGACGACCAAAGGCAAUCUGACAUGGCUUUCGAAUAUUUUGAUUUUACGACACAAUCCGUUGAUCUCAGUUGAAACCAAAAAGUAACCAAAUUCGAUUUGUUUUGGAAAUAAUUAUUUUGAAUGUAACGCAAUAAAUUAUCUCUUAAAGACUAAAUUAGAAGCUGUAACAAUAA